AUAUCGGUUAAUCCUCCUGAGUCUCAGUUCUGUCAUCUGGAAAAACGGGCAAAAUUAAUACGUUUCCAGCACGAGCAAGCUAAGUUUCCUCCGGAAAACGGGGAGAUACAAGAUGGGGAGCCUGCUCCCCUUCACCCACUCACUGAAGCUCUAAAUUGAUCCCAGAAAAGCAGCUUUGAGGGGGCCUGACCAAAUCCAACCAACUGCUUUAUUUCGCAGAUGGAAAAAAGGGCCCAGAGAAGAAAGUGGCUUUUCUGGUUAAAUGAUAGUAUCAAGGACAUGUUGCUUACCCUGUACACGGCCCUAUUUAAAUCAAGCCUUUAGAUACUUAAAUGAUUUUCUUCACUCAAGUGCAAGAACUAAAAACGCCAUAAAGACAGUGUUCCCCAGUGUAGCACCUGCUGCUGACCCGAAAUGUCCUUUUGUGGACCAGAUGGCUGUAACUCAUUGUGUAGAUCAGGAUGGUCUCAAAUUUCAGAGAUCCUCCUGCCCCUGCCUCCUGAGUGCUGGGAUGAAAGCUAUAAACCACUGACCUAAAGUGAUAACUUUUGACUCGAGUGCUAUGAGAGCUAAACCUUUGACGGAGUCCCUUCUGGUCCCUCAAUUGGAGCUUCAGUUUCUUAAAAUUAUUUUGAUGGGAAAGUAGGGAAGAAAGAAAGCGUUGCAGGUACUGGAGCCCCUCGUGUGUAACAGGUAUUGCAAGUGAUUGCAGGAAGAUCUGAAUGAACAUGCUGUGGCCCUGUGUGCUCCUGGUCUUUGUUCUUGGUUGCUGGUGCUUGGGGCAGGGAAACCACACGUGGGUUGGAGCAGAACAGUGCAGCACAAUCAGGUUUUGUUGUUUGUUUAUUACGUACAGGGCGCUGGCUGGCCCAGGACUUCAUGCUAGGCUUUCACCCAGCUGUGUCCCCAGCCCACAAUCCACAGUUCUCAAAACUCAGAAACGUUUCCUUAAAGGUUUUUAGGAACUUCAUCUAAAACGCAAGUCUUUAGUUCUUGGCAGUAUCUUGUGUAACAUCUUAUUGUUAAAAUCAUUCUGUCCGUGUUAUAUUUUGCUAAGAAAGCCUUACAGCCCUUACAUCUCCUGAUAGCUUUGGAGUGUGAGGAAAACUGUAGAUUAGAUUAUUUAUCGUCAGCAUUAGACAGUUCAAAGGGACAACUUCUUGUGUGCCAGAAAUAUUGGCAUCUUAGUGUAAAAAUCAAAAUUUGGUGCUUGGUAAUUAAAAAUUUUUAGCAAUUAAAUUUCGUAUUUAUGCAUGUAGCAUAUUUGAAAAUAUAAGUAUAUAUUUUGAGAAUAGUUUGUUACAUUCUAAAUCCUUGUGCAGAUGGUGUGCGUCGAGGCCAGAGGUGUCUUGCUCAAUUGCCCUCCACCUUAUUGACAGGGCCUCCCACUGAACCUGGAGCUCACCCAUUCAGCCAGACUAGCUGGCCGGUGAGCCCUGGGGAUCUCUUUCCUUUUUCUUCGGUGUGGGGUUCUAGGCAUGCUGCUGUUUCUGUGUGUCCUGGCUAGUUUAUGUCAAGCCAACACAGGCUAGAGUCAUCUGAAAAGAGAGAACCUUAAUUGAGAAAUGCCUCCACAAGAUCUAGCUAUAGGGCAUUUUCUUAAUUAGUGACUGAUGGGAAGGGCCCAGCCCAUUCAUUGUGGGUAAUGCCAUCCCUUGGGCUGAUGGUCCUGGGUUCUAUAAGGAAGCAGGCUGAGCAAGCCAGUAAGCAGCACCCCUCCAUGGCCUCUGCAUCAGCUCCUGUCUUCAGGUUCCUGUCUAGUUUGAGUUGCUGUCCUGACUUUCUUCAGCGAUGGACUAUGGUGUGGAGGUGUAAGCCCUUUCCUCCCCAACUUGCUAUUUGGUUAUGGUGUUUCAUCGUAGCAAUUAAAACUCAAACUAAGACAAGUUGGUACCAGGAUAGUGGGGUAUUGCUGUGACAGGCCUGAGCGUGUUGUUUGGGAUUGUGGAAGGACCAUGCUGUUCUUGUAGGAAUGGGGAAGAUAGGAAAUGUUGAGAGCUGGGGCUGGAGAGGUGACUCGGGUUUAGAGCACUGGCUGUUCUUCCAGAGGUCCUAAGUUCAAUUCCCAGAGCCCACAGCUAUAGCUGUCUAUAAUGGGAUCUGAUGCCCUCUUGUGGUAUGCAAGAGUGCGUGCAGACCAAGUACUCAUAUACAUGCCGACAUCUAAAAAGAAAAACAAUGCUGAGAGCAGUACAGUCGAUGGAGGCCUGGCUUGGGAAGUUUCAGAGGGAAGCAAAGACUCCCAGGCCAUUGGAGUUGAGAAUCUGUGCCUUUGCUUUGCUGGGGUAAUAGAUGCUGCUCAGCUGGGCCUGAAGAGUCCAUUCCAGAUUGUCUGGGAAGUGUUUUCCCAGAGUCAGCACACAGGAGCUUCGUCCCAGGAGUGGCCAAGGUUGCGCCUCCUCUUGGCAGCCCACUGUAGUAUAAGUCACCAGGUAGUGCUGUCUUUGGAGGCAUUAAGGAGUCGUGGAGAAAAGCUGAGGCCUGGCACUGUGUGGUAGGGCUGGAGUCUAUGAAGAGAGCCCAGGAGAAGCUAUUAGUGAAAGCGUUGCAGCAGAAGACCCCCACAUUUUGGAGAUGCCAGUACCUUGGGAUGGCCACCAAGAUCAGUGGGUGUAAGUGGAGUGGAGGGGUUGGAGCCUAAAAGACAGUUUGUGUACUACAGAAGGCAGUGCUGGAAAAGUGACCCAAGCCCAGAAGAUCAUGACAGUCGGACAUUGAAUUAUUCACACUUUUAGAGUUUGGUUUUGCUUUUCUUAAGAUUGUAACUGCUCUGGGUUGUCCCCCCUUGAAGUAAAAAAGUAUUUAAUUUUUAUUUUACAGGAGUCCACAGCUGAGAGACUGGAUUUUAAAGUGUUUGAAUUUGUAAAGAUUGGAACCUUUAAAGUUUGCAAAAUGUUUUAUAUCGUGUUGUUGAUGUUAAGGUGGGAUCCUGGGGAUGAACAAGACAGGAAAGGUGGUGGCUUAACAGUGACGUGUUUGUGUAUCAGGUUGACAGGGGUCACUUGCCCUGGACUAGUUUUAUGUCAACUUGAGAGAUGCUAAAGUCAUCUGAGAGGAAGGAACCUCAGCUGAGAAAAUCUCUCCACAAGAUCUGGCUGUUAGGCAUUUCUUAGUGAUUGAUGGGGGAUGGCCCAGCCCAUUGUGGGUGACGCUAUCCCUGGCUGGUGGUCCUGGGUUCUAUAAGAAGGCAGACUGAACAAGCUGUGAGGAGCAAGCCAGGAAGCAGCACCCUCCCAUGGUCCCAGCAUCAGCUCCUGCCUCCUGUCCUAGCCUGCCUUCCUUCAAGCAUGGACUUUAAUGCGGAGGGACUAAGUGUUGCUAUCCUGGGGCCCACCUUUCCAGACUUGGCGAAGAACGUGAACAGAAACAUCAGCAGCCUGUCUCUGAUUUUCGUGGGCCGGGCCUCAGGAUAUUUAUGUGGCUCUAUGAUUGGAGGAGUCCUGUUUGGCUGUAUAAAUCAUUUUUUACUUUUGGGGGUUUCCCUUUCUGCUACCACAGUUGGUCUUUAUCUCAUGCCAUUCUGCAAGACAGCAGCCCUACUGAUUGUCAUGAUGUCUGUCUUCGGGGUUUCCAUGGGCAUUCUGGAUACAGGUGGAAACGUCCUCAUCUUGGAUCUCUGGGGGGACAAAGGAGCCCCACAUAUGCAGGCCUUGCACUUCAGUUUCGCCUUGGGUGCCUUUCUGGCUCCCCUGCUGGCUAAAUUGGCCUGGGGUACAACAACAUCUGCUCAGAAUUACACCGAGCCCCAAUCUGACCGUUUAGCCUUGAACCAAUCCUUUGAAGCCACCUCAGACUCUGUGUUCGCAGUACCCGAUGACAUGAAUCUGCUGUGGACAUAUGCUUCUAUUGGCACCUAUGUUUUAGUAGUUUCUGUCUUUCUGUUUGGUCUGUUUUGUAAGAAACAUUCAAGGCAGAAAAAACCCAGAGCAUCUGCUGAGGGAGCUCGAAGGGCUAAAUAUCACAGGGCCCUCCUAUGCCUGCUCUUCCUCUUCUUCUUCUUCUAUGUGGGAGCCGAGGUGACCUACGGCUCUUUCGUAUUCUCCUUUGCUAUCACCCAUGUUGGCAUGGAAGAGAGCGAGGCAGCUGGCUUGAACUCCAUCUUCUGGGGAACCUUUGCAGCCUGCAGGGGCCUGGCCAUCUUCUUUGCAACAUUCUUACAGCCUGGAACCAUGAUUGUGUUGUGUAACAUUGGCAGCCUGGUGUCAUGUUUCUUUCUGGUGCUUUUUGACAAGAGCCCUCUUUGUCUCUGGAUAGCGACUUCUGUGUAUGGAGCCUCAAUGGCAGCCACGUUUCCCAGCGGCAUCUCCUGGAUUGAGCAAUACACCACCUUAACUGGGAAAUCUGCAGCAUUCUUUGUAAUUGGCGCGGCCCUGGGAGAAAUGGCCAUUCCUGCAGUGAUCGGAAUUCUUCAGGGACAGUACCCAGAUCUGCCAGUAGUUCUGUACACAUGUCUGGGCUCAGCCAUAUUCACAGCUGUUUUAUUUCCUGUGAUGUAUAAAUUAGCCACCUUGCCCCUGGAAUGCCAGCACAAAGGAACAAGGAAGAGAGAGGACCAGAAAGCUCUACUCUCCAGCUCUGAGCUACACGACUGUGAGGAAGAGAAUGAGGAGGACGAUGCAGAGAAGUGGAACGAGAUGGAUUUUGAGGUGGUUGAAAUGAGUGAUCCCGUUCAGGAGUCUGCAAGGGAGACUUGUAGAGAAGAGGGCUCUGGUCAGGUCCUUCUGGAUGGACUGAUUGCUGAGCCCUUUUCAGCCAACAGCAGUAAUUCUCUUGGGAAUCAUCAGGACAAAAGGGAUUAACACGAAUUGGCUUACUGCGUGACUGCCACUCCUGAGGACACCAUUCAGGGCAGAGCUCUGGCUGACUUUGAGCACGCUCUUGCACUUGAAAUUUGUGUCUGUUUACAGGAAGCAGUGAGAUCAUUUGGAGUGUUUCGAAUUCUCAGUCUUACCGUUCGUUGUGCACUGGGAUCUUGUUAGGAGACUGUUUUGUAGUCUCCACCUUCCAGAAGGUGUUGGUGUGUGAAGAGCUGGGUAGUGUGCCAGGGGUCAGCACUGUAGAAAAUGAGCUGAUUUGCUGAGCAAAGACCUGUGCUGUGCAGUCACACCCCGACACGAGCCAUUUGUCAUGACAAAGAGCAUCUUUGGAGAUGGGAAGAUAGUUUUCUUUUACCCUCUGUGUAGGGUUGGACUGAAAAAUACUGCUGACUAUUUAUUCCCACACAUAGGCUAUGCUUCCUCCCUGACUUCAUGCUCAGCUCUGACAAAAACCUCCUGUGAUUCUAGAAAUGCAAUGAGAUUAUUUUUAACCUCCAGGGAUUGUGUUUGUUUUGUUUCUUGAGUCUUUAUAGUCCAGGCUGGCCUGGAAUUUACUAAGUAGGCCAGGUUGGCCUCUAACUCACUGUUUUGUUUCUGUCUCCUGAGUUUUGUAAUAAAGACGUGUACCACCAUGCAUGGUGAAACAUGUAAGUUUUAAAGUUGUAUCAUAUUUUUGCUAAAAUAAUCCAUUCAUUUCAAAUGUACAAACCAAAACUGCCGGGUAGCCCUAUAGUGCUGGAGCUUGUGCAAUCCUGACGUUAGACAGGCAUGGUAUUUAGUGGCACUGCUGCGUUCAUUGAUCUACAACAUGACCUUUCCCUUACUCUCAAGUGUCAUCAUUUAGUAUUCUAGUAAAUUUUAAUUCUUGUUUCCCUCACAUUUAAGAAAAACCAAAACCAUCUUGCCAAUCACUCUUGUGUUCAUUGGUACAGCGGUUCAUUGCAUUUCAGAGAUUAUAGUAUUUUUGCUGACACUUUAAAAAGAGGUUAUUUUUAUAUGCUGUUGUCUGUGUCAUUCAGAGAGCAUCUGGGGACACGUUGAUUUUAUAUUAUCUUCUUAGCUUUUACUUUUGUCUAGUGCUGUUGACUUGACACGGGGCCUUGCACUUGCUAGUUAAGUGAGCUACCAGUGAGCUACGUGUCCAGCUCUUAGGUUUUACUUAUAGGAGCUGUUUUAAAGUUACUAUGUAAGUUGCAGCGGUAUGAACGGGUCCUCUGGUGCCCUCAGCCUGCCUCAUUAGCAAAGGCUGGAGCUGGGUCUUGCCGUUUUAGGAUUUGACCCUCACUGGGUUGGGGUAUUACAUAUAUUCUGUAAGCCAGGCUAAAAGUUUAGUUUACAGAUAAGGCCUCAUCUGGUUGUGGUGAUUGGAGAGCCCAUGUCCACCUCCAGGACCACUCCAUGAGUUUGAAGUACCUGGAAACCAAAUCAAGAUGGAAGACAGUGGGAUGGUCAAGGAUGAGGAGUACAGCUUCACAAGUGUGACAGAGCUAGCCUGGGCCAGCCUUUGGUGACUCUAGUCUGGGCCAACCUUUUGUAAAUGACUUUCUCAAGUUUUAUGCUGAGUGACAAUGAAUUGCUAUGUGACUGCAAUAUGUUUGAAAUCUCUUAUAAAAUUUUAUGAAUUUGUUUUUUUAAAGUGCUUUCCUAAAAAAAACAUUAUAAUAAAGAUUAAUAUUUUUUUCUGUG